GUGGGGUGUUGUGUGGAUAUCACCAGGAAGAACAAUGGACGUUUGAAACACAUUCCAACUUUCAUCUGCUUUCCAACUCAUCAGGUCUCUCUUCUAAAAAGAUGAACAUUUUUGAGGUCCUGCUACUCCUAUUGGCCUUCUCUUGGCAGGAGAAAGAAGCAGCAGCAUCAACAAAAACAGCAUCAACAUCAACAACACCAGCACCAACACCAACACCAGUAUAUACGGUUGCCUGUGUCUCCACUGAAGAGGCGAAACUGACAUUGACAGACACCAAAACCUUUAAAGUCCACCUGCCACCUGGAUGCUCAUCAACAGGACCGCCUUACACCCUUACCAGGCCAUGCUUAGGGAAAACAGUCUACAUAUACAAGAUACCACAGACGACAGCUUCGUUCGUCGGAGGCGACGGCACAAUCGCCCUAACUAUAACAUGUGAGGUGCCCAAAGACGGGGUAACGGCCAUGCCACAUGUCAGUGUGAAGAUGAUGCCUUCAGUGACACCAACGGUGGAGAACCACCCAUUCACUGAGGUUACCAUGGCACUGUCAACAACUGAUCCUCACACACCUCUCACUACUCCAAGCCAGACUGCCCUGGGAGACCACUUGUAUCUCGUCAUCAUGAGUGAACCAAAGAAAGGAGGCAGCAACAUUUUGAUACCAGAGAUAUGUUCUGCGAAAGAUGGGAAAGACACAGUAAAGUUGUGGAACCUCAAACAGGACGCUGGGAAAUGUGGUAGCCUUGAACCUACACUGAUCGGGAAUUUCACAGUUGCAAAUACACCAGUGACAUAUGGAACGAAGACGGAGGAUGUCGCAUAUGCAGAUAUAUAUGCUUUCAUGUUCCCAAACAGUGGUACCAUCACGUACGAAUGCACUGUUCUGGUAUGUCCGAAGAAUGGAACUGGUCAAUGCGCAACGGAGCUGACAUCAAACAACAACUGCUUGAAAUCCACAGCUAGAAAACGUCGAAGUGUGAAUAAUGUGGGAAAUACGACAGCCACUACACAUUUCAGAAGGACAGUGUCGGCAACGCUAACGGUCUCUGACUUCAAGGGAAUUUCCGAAGGCAGUAACGCAAGAGCGGAGGGUCUCCUCCUGUUGGUGCCCAUGCUUACAAGCUUUCUCUUGUCAAAGUAAAAUUCAUCACUUAGACAUGUGACUUCAGCGGAAGUAUACACGGUAUCCUGAAAAUCGUAUUGGAAUUGUUUGAAGAUCAACAGUUGAUAUAUCUAUUAAUAUGUCUGCAUAAUACAUGACCAAUCAGACACAUUACAAAUUACCCUUGGUCUUAAUUGUAUGAAAUGUAUGAAGUAGAAGUUCGAGGUGGAAUCGAUAAAUUGCUACAACAGUCA